CAGACACAGAGGGAGGGGGACUCGGGGGAGGUUUAGGUUUUCUUCCUUUUCUUUUGUAGCUGGCGAGGAACGGAGGAGAGCAGGGGCAGAGUGCGUAACAAAAGAAGAAAAACAGAGAGGGAACACGGUUUCGGGGCUUAAUUUGCUGGCGUUCUGAAGUUUUGCAGAUCAUCUUUGAAACCCGGAUUAGUAUAAGCUGCGAUGGCUGCCAAUACGGGUAUCCUGGGUCAGUCACAUAAGGAACAUAGAUCUCGUCAAUCUGGUCCCUCUGCCAAUAAAAAGGCAAAGGCCAAGAAAAAGAAGCAGGAUAUCUCUGAUGAGAAUAAACAAAACCCAAAGGCUUUUGCUUUUCGUUCAGCUGUAAAAGCAAAGCGGCUACAAUCACGUGCUGUAGAGAAAGAGCAGCGUAGGCUACAUCUUCCAACUGUUGAUCGCUCUUAUGGUGAACCAUCUCCAUAUGUUGUUGUAGUUCAGGGACCUCCACAGGUAGGGAAGUCUCUUCUAAUCAAAUGUCUUGUGAAGCAUUACACAAAGCAAAAUUUGCCGGAGGUUCGAGGACCAAUUACUGUUGUGUCAGGAAAGAAAAGGCGAAUACAGUUUGUAGAGUGCCCAAAUGAUAUCAAUGGUAUGAUUGAUGCUGCCAAGUUUGCUGAUCUAGCUUUGCUCCUCAUAGAUGGAAGUUAUGGUUUUGAAAUGGAAACCUUUGAAUUCCUUAAUAUUUUACAAGUUCAUGGAUUUCCAAAAGUUAUGGGAGUCCUCACACAUCUUGACAAGUUCAAGGAUGUAAAGAAACUAAAGAAAACAAAACAGCGUCUGAAGAAUCGCUUCUGGACAGAGAUAUAUGAUGGAGCGAAAUUGUUCUAUUUAUCUGGUCUUAUCCAUGGAAAGUUCCCAAAACGUGAAAUUCACAUUCUUUCACGAUUUAUAUCUGUCAUGAAAUUUCAUCCUCUUUCUUGGAGAACAUCUCAUCCCUAUGUUCUCGUUGAUCGUUUUGAAGAUGUUACUCCUCCAGGAAGAAUUGAAAUGAAUAAGAAAUGUGAUCGAAAUAUCACGCUCUAUGGUUAUUUACGCGGUUGUAACAUGAAAAAAGGAAUGAAGGUUCAUAUUGCUGGUGUUGGUGAUUAUGGUUUAGCUGGUGUUACAGCCUUAGCAGAUCCUUGUCCUUUGCCAUCCGCUGCCAAGAAGAAGGGAUUGCGUGACAAGGAAAAGCUUUUUUAUGCUCCUAUGUCUGGUAGUGGGGAUCUUCUGUAUGACAAAGAUGCUGUCUACAUAAACAUAAAUGACCACUUCGUGCAGUUCUCAAAAGUUGAUGGUGAAGAUGAGGGAACUGCACGCAAAGGAAAAGACGGAGAUGUUGGUGAAGUUUUGGUUAAAUCACUUCAGAACACAAAAUAUUCAAUUGAUGAAAAGUUAGAAAAGAGUUUCAUCAGUCUUUUUGGCCAAAAGCCUGGUAUCUCUUUGGGAGCUGGGACUGAUGACGAAGAUACUCAUCCAGCAGUUGCCAAUAUUCGUGAUAUAGAGCCUUCAGAGCAGUAUCAACCUAGAGAAGAUGCUGAAGGUGAUGAGAUUGAUGAAGAAAGUGAUGCUGAAGAUCUGGAUGAUUCAGCAUCUUUGGACCAUGAUGAAGAUUGUCUUAAGGGUUCACAGAUCAAGAGUGACAAGACUGACUCUGAUGGAGAAAAUGUUGAUACAUCAAAUUGGCAAACUCAUUGUAAAGAUAACUUAAUGCAAGAAGUGGAGGUUCAUGGUGGAAGGUUAAGGAGGAAAGCUGUCUUUAAAGAUAAUAUUUAUGAUAAUGAAAUGAAGGAUUUAGAUGAGGAUGAUGAAAAUGAUGAUGAAGAUGAUAGUGAUGAUGAUGACGAUGACAACGAUGAUGAGGAUCUUUCAGAGGAAGAUGGAGAAGAUCAAGCUUUAGAUGAUGAUGGCCUGGGAAACAUAUCAAAGUGGAAAGAAUCCUUGCUAGAAAGGACUGCCUCAAGACAAAAUAUCAAUCUGAUGCAACUUGUAUAUGGAAAUCCUGCAUCAGCAUCAACAACUUAUAUUGAUAAUGACCAGGAUGGCAGUGAAGAUGAAGAAGGUGAUGGUGAUGAAUUUUUUAAGCCUAAAGGAGAAUGGAGUAAGAAAUCUGGAGAAGGAUUAAGAGAUGAAAAUGUCAAUGCUGAGGAUGUUUCCAAAUUUAUGAAUUAUGCGAUAAACAAAAACUGGAAAGAGAAACAAAUAUGCGAAAGUAUUCGUGAUCGCUUUACCACUGGUGAUUGGUCAAAAGCUGCUCAGAGAAAUGACAUAUCUGGGCCUGCUGAAGAUGGUGAGGAUGUCUAUGGUGAUUUUGAAGAUUUGGAGACAGGUGAGAAGCAUGAAAGCCAUUCUAAAGAUGAUCCUGGCAAUGGUGGGAUCCAAAAGGAAGAUGAUUCGGCAGUUGAGGAGAGACGGAGAAAAAAGCUUGCUCUCCGUGCAAAGUUUGAUGCCCAAUAUGAUGGAUCUGAAUUAAUGGACGAAGAAACUGAUGGCAAAAAUGGGGCCAAGUUUCACCGUGGUCAACCUAAUGAACCUGGAUAUGUUGACAAGUUAAAGGAGGAGAUUGAACUCCGGAAGCAAAUGAAUAUGGCUGAACUCAAUGAUCUUGAUGAGGCCACUAGACUAGAGGUAGAGGGCUUCCAGACUGGGACGUACGUUAGAUUGGAAGUUCAUGAUGUUCCUUUCGAGAUGGUUGAAUAUUUUGAUCCCUGCCAUCCUGUUUUGGUUGGAGGAAUUGGCUUUGGCGAGGAAAAUGUUGGAUACAUGCAGGCCAGGUUAAAGCGGCACAGGUGGCACAAGAAAGUGCUGAAGACUAGAGAUCCAAUAAUUAUCUCUAUUGGAUGGAGGCGCUACCAAACUACGCCUAUUUAUGCAAUUGAGGAUCGAAAUGGAAGGCAUCGCAUGCUUAAGUACACUCCAGAACACAUGCAUUGCCUUGCCAUGUUCUGGGGCCCUCUUGCUCCUCCCAACACUGGAUUUAUUGCUGUCCAGAGCUUAUCAAACAAUCAGGCAUCAUUUCGCAUUACAGCUACUGCUGUUGUACUUGAGUUCAACCAUGCGACAAAAAUAGCGAAGAAAGUCAAGUUGACAGGUUACCCCUGCAAGAUCUUUAAAAAGACGGCACUUAUCAAGCACAUGUUUACUUCAGAUCUUGAAGUAGCUCGUUUUGAAGGUGCAUCAAUUAGGACUGUCAGUGGGAUCCGUGGACAGGUGAAAAAGGCUGCAAAGGAAGAGAUUGGCAACCAGCCAAAUAAGAAGGGAGGGCCACUUGGUGAAGGGAUUGCCAGAUGUACUUUUGAAGACAGGAUUCUGAUGAGUGACAUUGUUUUCUUGCGUGCGUGGACUUCAGUAGAAGUUCCACGAUUUUACAACCCACUGACCACAGCUUUGCAAUCUCGUGAUAAGACCUGGCAGGGAAUGAAAACUGUUGCCGAACUGAGGAGAGAGCAUAAUCUUCCUGUUCCAGUCAACAAGGAUUCGCUCUACAAGGCCAUUGAAAGGAGGCCAAGGAAGUUCAACCCGCUCGUCAUUCCAAAGUCAUUACAAGAAGCUCUCCCAUUUGCAUCGAAACCCAAGAAUAUUCCCAGUCAGAAACGGCCGUCUCUUGAAAAAAGAAGGGCUGUUGUCAUGGAACCUUCUGAGCGAAGAGUUCAUGCUCUUGUUCAGCAUCUUCAGCUGAUAAAAAAUGAGAAGAUGAAAAAACGGAAACUCAAGGAGGAGGAGAAGAGGAAGAAACUUGAAGCGGAGAGAGCCAAGGAUGAGCAGUUGUCUAAGAAACGCAAGAGAGAAGAGCGGAGAGAAAGAUAUAGAGAGCAAGAUAAACUAAAGAAGAAGAUUCGGAGACAUGAUGUUUCCUAGCAGGAUCACGAGCUACAUGAAGUCUAAUCUUGCUCUCAAAGAGCAAUCUCUCUCAAAUACACCCGAUUUUCUUUCACCUUCACUGCAUUUCGAAGGCGUUGCUCGGUAGUUUCUAAACACCGCACAUAAACUUCUGAGUCCUGGAAGUUUUUCUGCCUGAAUCACCUUUUUUCUCUCUCGCAAAUGGCCCCUUCCCCGGCUGUCUGGCAACUACCAUUUAUCUAUUAUCACCUUCAGAUCUCAAACUUGUAAUCGUUCUGGGUUGAACAUGUGGAUCUCAGAGUCAGCUCAGGUGGGGGAUGCCAUUGAAAUUUUUUGAUAUUAUGAGUUAGCAUUUUGCAUAAUUAGGUAACAGAUCCUGUGAGUGUAAAGAAGUUCCACAUUUUGGGUGUUACUAAAAUUUUGUAGAAGUUUGUUUUGUCCACUCGGAAGAAAACAUUAUUUAGAUCAAGAUUUUUCUAAAGGAAAAUGUUGUACUCUUUACAGUAGCA